AAUCAUUAAAACCGGUGUCGUCAUAAGUUUAUUUGAAGAUAAUAAAAACAAAUCUAAUUUUUUAAGAAAAAAUUUUCAUCGGGUACAAAAAAAAGAAAUUUCAUAUUCAUAUGAUCAUGGAACAAAUCGAAAGUCUUUGUGAGGUACUUUAUCCAUCGAAAUGCUGCCAACGAAUUUUACGAGAAUUCAUCAUCGAACCAGAAUGCUUUAAAUUGAUCGUAAUUAAAUCGCUCGGUUAUGGAAUUAUAUUUGGUUCGACUAUGGUUAAAUUGCCUCAAUUGUUAAAAUUAUUGGCAGCCAAAAGUGGUUUAGGUGUUAGUCUUCCGGCCGUGCUUCUCGAAAUUCUUGCCUUAACAUUUUCAUCAUCAUAUUCGUAUGCAAACGGUUUCCCAUUCAGUGCUUGGGGUGAAGCGUUAUUCAUAUUAUUCAUGACAUCAUUAAUUGCCUUUUUGAUCAUCUAUUAUGACAUUAAUAAAGGUAAAGCAUUCCUGUUCAUGAUGAUGUUCACAACGGUAUUCGCUGUUCUAAUGUCAGGGCAUGUUCCCAUGCAAUUAUUAUGGCUGGGUCAGGCCGCAGCCUUGCCAUUGAUCAUAUCAAGUAAAUUGGUUCAAGCUUGGUCUAAUUUCCGUAAUGGACAUACGGGUAAUCUUUCAGCAUUGACCAUCAUUCUAAUAUUUAUUGGAUCAACCACAAGAAUAAUGACAUCAAUUCAAGAAACUGGUGAUCAAUUGAUCAUUCUUGGUUUCAUGCUUUCAUCAAUUAUAAAUAUGAUUCUUGUGUUGCAAAUGUUUUACUACUGGGAAAAUACUAACAAAUUUAUCCGAAAAAAUUUAGCCAAAAAAGAUAAAUAAUUAAGAAAUUAAUAU